AUGUCCAGCGGUGAGUUAUGGUCCACUUUAGUCACCGCAAUCGAUCCCGGUAGUACCAAAGCCAUGCCCAUUAUCCUUCAAUCGACCAUCGAUCUUCUGGAGACAGAACUAGCCAAGGCUAGAGCGGCGCUCCAUGAGAUCCAGCCCACGGCAUCAUCUUUAUUUACGAAGCGGGAUGAGCUCGCUUUGGGCGCUGUGGCAGCAUAUCGUCAAAAUCUCAUUGACCGUGCGCCGGACUUCUUCUAUGGCGCGAGCCGAUUGACCCCCAAGGAGCUGGGGCUUGUCCCGGCAGUCCGCGAAGUACAAGCGGACGAUGAGGAUGAUGAUCAUGUAAAGACCGCGUCUAAGCAACACCUUCAGCCUGUCCAGCCUGUUGCGCCGAAGCGCGCUACUUUGGCAGAUGUCUUAUCCAACAGUCUAAUCCUCGACCAUAUGGCCCCAUAUCUGUCAACCCCCUCAUUGUUGGCUCUAGCAUCCACUUCCCGCCAGGUUCGGUCAUCGAUAGUGGACACCCCCUACAUUUUCCGCCACCUUGAUCUGACUCAAUGCCGUGGCGCGAAACCAGGCAGCACAUCUGACUCAGUUGAACAAGCAUGGAGUGGUGAGCGAGCGGAAGACUCCGUGGUCGAGGAUGAGUUUUAUUCUGCGCCUUUGAGGAGCAUCUUCGCUAGUCUCCAAAGGCAGUCGCUCCUGCAGGACGUGCGCACAUUGGUUCUAGAUGGACUGUCCGUUCCAGCGGGAUUGGUUGCGGAAAUCAUCCUCACAGAUCGCUUCAACGUUAAUAUUCUAUCCAUAAGGGAGUGCCGCCAUCUCAAUGAGCGAAAACUAAUGCAGGUGCUGACCCAUGCGGUGCGGCCUUCGCGCCCCAAGGGCACACCCCGUGUCAAAGGCAUCUAUCACUUUACUCCUCUUCAUCAGUCUCGUGCGGUAGUCCGCAGCAGAUACCGCGACUGGUGGAGCUCGAGAUGCGGCAGCCAAUCGUCUUGCAUUACUCCAGGUUCGGAAAACGAGUCUGCAACUACUGAACUUGCUGAAAUUGCCACACAACAACAGGAUGCAUGGUAUCAUCCGUCCGGGCAGCUCUUCAAGCAGAGCAUUGAGGAUGGCUGGGCAGAGACAAUCAAGCAGUGUGAAGGUAUCAUUGCCUUUGACGCUGUUCUGUGCCGUGGUCCUCGUCAUGACGUUGAUCUUUCCCCUCCCAUGCCGGAAGGCCAGGGUGUAUCUCAGCCGGAGGGCCGGCCACCGCUUGAACCAAAACUGGCAACUGUUGCACUAGGGCCCCGGGGGUGCGAUGGCUGCCACACCUCACCCGAAGGCCCAACCUUCUGGGGUCAGUCUCCGGAUGAAAACCUUCCCCUGCUCACGCCGCCACCGCUCCACUCUUCCUCGGCAGUCAAGGCAAAACGGCCGGUGCUGAUUCCGGACGAACAGCCCAGUCUAAUCGCUCGCUGCACGGAUUGCUUGACAGACCGGUGGUGCCAUCGUUGCAAUAAAUGGUUCUGUGAGGAUUGCCUGCCUCAUCCAGAACGUGUACGGAACAAUCUUUCACCGCAUCAGACAGCGUUCAGAAAUCCGCAGAGCAGUCCUAGUAGUACUGAACAGUCCGAAGAUCGUGAGACUGCUGGGAAUGCGGUCCCACGUGUGCUCAGUGCAAGACGGAAUGCCAGCGAACGUGCCAAAGCUGCCGUGGUGAAUAUUGUGUUGAGCAUAAUGAGGGCUGUUCGUCGACGAUGUGCGAUUGGUGCAAUGCCAGUACCCGGAAUCGGGUGA